AUGGCCCAAAACCCUCGCACUACUCAUGGCCCUACACCCUCAGCUUGGCCCUGCACUCACCGUGGCCCAAAACCCUCGCACUACUCAUGGCCCUACACCCUCAGCUUGGCCCUGCACUCACCGUGGCCCAAAACCCUCACACUAUUCAUGGCCCUACACCUCAGCUUGCCCUGCAUCACCGUGGCCCCAAACCCUCACACUAUUCAUGGCCCAAUACCCGCACCAUGGCCCCACACCAGCGUGGCCCUGCACUCACGUGGAAAACCUCACUAUUCAUGGCCCACCCACCAUGGACACCAGCUUGGCCUGCACUCACCGUGGCCCCAAACCUCACACUACAUGGCCCACACUCAGCUUGGCCCCACUCACUGUGGCCCAAACCCUCACACACUCAUGGCCCACACCUCAGCUUGGCCCUGCACUCACCGUGGCCCCAAACCCUCACACUACUCAUGGCUCUACACCCUCAGCUUGGCCCUGCACUCACCGUGGCCCAAAACCCUCACACUAUUCAUGGCCCAAUACUGCACCAUGGCCCCACACCCUCAGCUUGCCCUGCACUACCGUGGCCCAAAACCUCCACUACUCAUGGCCCUACACCCUCAGCUUGGCCCUGCACUCACCGUGGCCCAAAACCCUCACACUAUUCAUGGCCCAAUACCUGCACCAUGGCCCCACACACUCAGCUUGGCCCUGCACCUCACCGUGGCCCCAAACCCUCACACUAUUCAUGGCCCCACACACCAGCUUGGCCCUGCACUCACCGGGCUCAAACCUCCACUACUCAUGGCCCACACCCUCAGCUUGGCCCUGCACUCACCGUGGCCCAAAACCUCACACUAUUCAUGGCCCAAUACCUGCACCAUGGCCCUACACCCUCAGCUUGGCCCUGCACCUCACCGUGGCCCCAAACCCUCACACUAUUCAUGGCCCACACCUCAGCUUGGCCCUGCACUCACUGUGCCCAAACCCUCACACUACUCAUGGACCCAGCUUGGCCCUGCACUCUCACCGUGGCAAACCUCACACUAUUCAUGGCCUACACCUCAGCUUGGCCCUGCACUCUCACCGUGGCCCCAAACCCUCACACUAUUCAUGGCCCUACACCCUCAGCUGGCUCCUAGACUCACCGUGGCCCCAAACCCUCACACUAUUCAUGGCCCUACACCCUCACUAUGGUCGAGUAUAUUGUGA